GUUCACACUCAUAUUUAAGAGAACCAGAGCUAAAGCGGUAUUUUUGGAGAAAACAUUCGAUUCAAUAUUUCUUUCGUCUUCUCCGUCUUUUUCUUCUUCUUGAAAUUGUAACGUAGUACAGCCGUACCCUAUUUUAUAGAUUUGUUUCUCCUCCACACUACCAUUUCAACCAAGCAGGAUCAUGUCUGAAGCGUUCUACGGAUUGACUACAUUUAGUCCUUCUGGAAAACUGGUCCAGAUCGAGUAUGCUACGACUGCCGCAGGCAAGGGUACGACUGCUUUAGGUGUGAAGGCUACUGAUGGCGUCGUGAUUGCUGCCAAGAAGAAGGCUCCGUCUACCUUAGUGGACGCUUCUUCCAUUCAGAAAGUGUUUGUGCUUGAUGAACAUGUUGGGUGUACCUACAGCGGAAUGGGCCCUGACUGCCGUGUUCUGAUUGACUCGGCAAGGAAGACUUGUCAGCAAUACAAGCUGACUUACCACGAACCGAUCCCGGUCAGCCAACUUGUGCGCCAGGUCAGUGCCCUCUACCAGGAGUUCACCCAAUCUGGUGGCGUACGCCCUUUUGGGUGUUCGCUCUUGGUCUCCGGAGUCGAUGCCAAUGGGUAUCACUUAUAUCAGGUAGAUCCGAGCGGCACAUUUUGGACUUGGAAGGCGACGGCUAUUGGAACCGGCAGCUCUGACGCCAAAUCGUUUCUUGAAAAGCGUUACACUGCCGAUAUGGAGCUAGAAGACGCCGUUCACACUGCACUGCUCACGCUCAAAGAAGGAUUCGAUGGUCAGAUGACGCCCGAAAACACUCAGGUUGGCCGCGUUGUUGAGAACCGAUUUGAGAUUCUGAGCGUGGAUCAGCUGCGUGACUAUUUGGAUCAGAUUUAA